CCAUUUGAAAACAUGUUUUUUCCCCUAUUAUCUUUGUGUUAUUUUCUUUACAGUUUAGUAGUCUUCAUGGAGAUUUUAAGAAAUGCAUAACCCAGAAAAAUUUUAUGGUGGUCAUAUUAAUUACCUUAAACAACAGCACCAAAGCAGAUGUCUUUUACAGUUGAAGAAGAAUUAUCAUAUACAGAAAGAAAAGCCAUUUCCUGCUGUUUUUAAAUCAAGGUUGGAUGGACCCUCAGUAGCAUGGAAUGUGUUCAAGCGACUAAGUUUAGCUGUUUCUUUUGCUGAUUCUUGUACUAAGGAUUGUAUGGUUUUUUCUUUUGAAGAGAGGUUACCAGAAAAUCCAGGUCAACGACUGUUUCUUGUAACUCAUCCUCAACAUUUAUGGCUUAAUCACAAAUCUAGACCUGUGUAUGAAAGAUGUUCAUAUGAAGUUAUAAGAGAAAAUUUUCCUUGCAAGCUUUAUUUUGAUUUGGAAUUUAAUCGGGACAGUAAUCCUUCUAAAGAUGGGAAUGCACUGACAAAAAUAUUUAUACAGUGCAUUAUUGCUGCUUUCUUAGAAGAACAUAAUAUAUCCUGUGAUGCAUCAGACAUUUUAUGGCUAGAUGCUAGUACGGAUAAAAAAUUCAGUGUCCACUUAAUUUUGCCAAGGAAAGACAUUGGGUUUGAGAACAAUAUUCAAGCUGGUCUUUUUGUUAAGUUACUGCUAUCUAAAAUCUAUAAAAAAGUUGAUGACAAUGCCAUUGCUGAUAAUAUGUGGCCAUCUGCUGAGGAUCUUUGCAGUAUGAUUGUAGAAGUGAAUGAAGGAAAGCAGAAAAUCUUCUGUGAUGAAGGUGUGUACAGCAAAAACAGAAAUUUCCGUAUGUAUUUGUCUACUAAGUAUGGAAAAAGAGCUCCUUUAGUUCUUUCUGCUCACAAUCAGUAUCGACCAUCUGUUAAAGUAAAGUUGAAAGAUAUAGAUGAAAUAAUUUUUUAUGACUCUCUCGUUACAUAUUACAGGGACGGCAGAUCUACAAAGAAUUUUAUAAAUUAUAAAACUAAAUAUUCACCUAUAAUCCAGUUACAAAAUGGGUUAUCUGUAAAAAAGAAUAAUAAUGCUUGUGGUAGUUCAGGAUGCAGUUCGCCUUUUCCAGAGGUUGAUAAUUUUGUGCUAACAUUAAUUAGAGAUAAUUUUAUGGUUGGCUUUAUUCGAAAGUGGACUUUUAUUAGUAAAGAGCAAUUGUUAAUAUAUGAUAUAGGAAACUAUCGCUUCUGUUGGAAUAUUGAACGACACCACAAAAGUAACAAUAUAAUGAUCAUUGUGGAUAUACAAAAAAACCUAUAUUAUCAGAAGUGUCAUGAUCCAGAAUGUCGAGCUCAAAAUUUUAAAUCUAAAGCAAAGAUGCUUCCAGAGUUUGUUUCAGCUACAUUAAGUAUUCCAGAUGAUUUUUUUGAAACUGAUUGCUUUACUCAGUUAAGCAAUCUUAAUGAAGCAUAUACUUUAUCUGAAAAUUCAAAUUGGAGCCUGGAUGAUAUGCAUACAGAGGGUGAUGCAAACAGUGGAAUUCGUAUUACUGAUGAUGACUUGAUUUGCUCUUUUUCUGAUUGUAGUCAAUUUUCAGAAAUGAAGGUUUCUGGUUCACCUAUUAAGAAAGACUUUAGAGCAGUUAAUGAUGAAGGUCUAUUGAAUGAUGCAUCUAACAGUAUAAGUAAUGAGUUUUGGGAUAGCAAAAUUUCUGAUGACUGGCAUGAAAAAAAGAGUACAGAAAUAUCUUUUGAAGAAGAAUUAAUGAUGGCCGAAGCAGCUGCAGUAGUAGAAGCUACAAUUGACACAGAUAGUCUUUCUGAAGAAACUGUAUUCUGAUGUAGAUUGAGAAUCUUUUGACUCUUUUUUGAAGUUUUUAGCAUUGUAUAAAUUAGAAAAUAUCAAUAUUUAAAAUAAAUCUUCUGAAGUAUAAUUAAAUUUCUAUAGCUAUACCUGCAAUAAAAGCAAAGCAAAUUAUCUUUAUUUCUGUUUGAUAUUUUAACAAAAGUUUUUAUUGAAGUUUAUGCUGAAUAUGUUGUAAAAGAUUUAAGACUUAAAAUUUUAAAGAUAUUUAUUUAUGUAUAAAAUAUAUAUUUUAAAUAAAAAUUAAUCUGUGAUCCAUAGUUUUAUGGUAUUUUAUUGUACUGAAGUUGAUUUUUUAAAAACAUAAAAUUUUAUUUUUAGUAGAAUUUGAGUACAGUUAACAGAAAAGGGGAGGAAUUCUUAACUGCCAGAUCGAUUAAAUUCAACUUGUGUUUUUCAUGUUUUGAAAGUGCAACUUUGAAUACACACUGUGUCCACAGAAGUAAUUUUAGAUAAUUUUUAUUUUUGCAACUGUUGGUCAUAGAGAUAAUAC